AUGGACUCUCUCAGCAGCGGCCCCGUCGCCGACGUCCUCGCCAACCUCUACAUCGAGGCCGAGCGCGCCGACGCCCCCAUGCGCGAGUCUGAGAAAUCUUCCGCCGCGCCCUCGGGCGACUGGACCACCGCCUUCAUCGCCUCGGAAAAGGCCGACCUCCGCGGCACCUACGCCUCGCUCGCGACCAACUUUCUCUGCGUGUCGCCCAAGUUUGGGCGCCACCUGUACAUGACUGCGCGCGCCAGCCGCGCCCGCCUCAUUGUCGAGUUUGGCACUUCCAUGGGCGUCUCGACCAUUUACGCGGCCGCGGCGCUGCGUGACAACGGUAGCGGCGGUGCUCGGAUCAUUAGCACGGAGCUGGAGCCGAGCAAGGCGGAGCGCGCGCGCAAAAAUGUGGCGGCGGCGGGGCUGCAGGACCUGGUAGAGUUUCGCGUUGGCGAUGCGAGGGAGACGUUGGCCGGCGGGGUGGGAGGCGGCGACAAGAUUGAUCUGGUGCUGCUGGACGGCGCGUGGUCGCUGUAUCUGCCGGUGCUGAGGCUGCUGGAGCCGCAUCUGAGGCCCGGGGCGGUGAUUUUGGCGGACAAUGCGGCGGAUACGGUGGGAGGGUAUAUCGAGUACGUGCGGGAUCCGAGUAAUGGCUAUCUUUCCCUGCCGCUCGAUUUCGGGGAGAAGCAGGGCAACGAGUAUUCGGUCAGGACUAAAUGA